AUGACCUUCUCGGCUGAGCUUUAUUCUUUACCAAAUUUUAUUAAAGACAGGAUUCAAUUAUUUAAUAUUUUUAUGGAUAAAUACAAAAGGGAUUUAGAAGAAAGAGAAAAGUUAGAAAUUACUGUUACUUUGCCGGAUGGUAAAAAUAUUACUGGCUACUCAUGGAAGACAACGCCGCAAGAUAUAGCGAUCUCAAUUAGUAAAAGCUUAACGGCUAAAUGCUUAGUGGCCGAAGUUAAUGGAGAACUUUGGGAUUUAUGUCGUCCUUUAGAGGGGAGCUGCAAAAUUAAACUUUUAACUUGGGAGGAUGAAAAAGCAAAGCAAGUAUUUUUUCAUUCGUCAGCUCACGUUUUAGGUGAGGCUUUAGAACGCUGCACCGGCGGUUGUCUUUGUCACGGCCCUCCUUUGGAAGAAGGAUUUUUUUACGACAUAGAUAUUAACGGGCGUACAAUACAUAUGAGCGAUCUGUCUACUUUGGAAGAUGUGAGCUUGCGUAUUACUGCUGAAGAUCAGAAAUUUGAACGUCUCGAACUGGAAAUCGAUGUUUUACGCGAAAUGUUUAAGUAUAAUAAAUAUAAGCAGCACUUCUUAAAUAAAAUCGAGACACCUACUACCACUGUGUAUCGCUGUGGAUCACUUAUUGAUCUUUGCCGUGGUCCUCACCUUCGGUCGACGAAGGAAAUUAAGGCCUUUCUCGUUAAUAAAACCUCCGCCGUAUUUUUCGGCGGCGAUCGCAUGGCGGAGUCACUUCAGCGUGUUUAUGGCGUUGCCUUUCCAGACACAAAACUUUUAAAGGAAUGGAAGGCCCGCCAGGAGAUGGCUGCUCGUGCAGACCACCAUAGAAUUGGCAAAGACCAGGAACUUUUUUUUUUCCAUCCCUGGAGCCCUGGGGCCGCCUUUUUUCUACCAUACGGCGCUCACAUCUUUAAUAAAUUAAUUAACCAUAUGAAGUCGCAGUAUCGUCUUCGUGGGUUUAAAGAAGUUAUUACGCCGAAUGUAUUCAAUACGGAGCUCUGGGUGCAGUCUGGUCACAUGAAGCACUAUGCCGACGAUAUGUUUUUACUCGAGAAGGAUCAAAGUCUAAAGGGCUGUGCGGCUAACAGCGAUUCAGCAAACUCUCCUCA